CGGUCUAAAUCCAUUGACCAAGUUCCAGCGUGUCAGGUAUAGGGCGACGAACCCCCGCCGGAUUCAACGUGCCUGAAGCAAGACCUCCUCUAUUGUCCAGGAGGAGCCGGUAGGGAUUCUGAAUGCAAAAGGGGAAAAACAUAGAGAGAGAGAGAGAGAGAGAGAGAGAGAGAGAGAUGGUAAUCAAGAGCAACAGCAGCAGAUCCUCUUAUUAUUCUCAGCACCGAACUCGAUUCCUGCGCAGACCCUCUCCAUCUUCCAUCUCUGCCUACAUUUUCCUUCUCGUCUUUUCGAUUGUCUUCUUCAUCUUCUCUCCUUGGAAGAUCCCUCAUGACGACCACGAAAAGAUCCCUUUCUCAACUGAGGAUCCUCCACAGGUGCCAGAAGAGCGGCUUUGGAAUGCUCGUUUCAACCAUGGUUUCACCCCAUGUGUCAAGCCUACCAAAAGAUACAGAGUUCCCCAAAAUCGGGACCGCUAUCUAACUGUAAGAAGUAACGGAGGCCUCAAUCAAAUGCGCACCGGUAUAAGUGAUAUGGUUGCCAUUGCACGCAUAAUGGAUGCAACACUAGUAAUUCCUCAGCUGGAUAGGAAAUCGUUUUGGCAAGAUUCAAGUACAUUUUCAGACAUAUUUGAUGAGUUCCACUUUAUCACUGCCUUGCAAGGGGAUGUGAGGAUAGUGAAGGAGCUUCCAAAGGAAUUAGAAUCCACUCCUAGGGCUCGGAAGCACUUCACUUCCUGGGCCAGUAUGGGAUAUUAUGAGGAGAUGACACGGUUAUGGAAUGACUAUCAGGUGAUUCAUGUUCCAAAAUCCGAUUCACGGUUAUCAAACAAUGACCUUCCUCUUGAUAUUCAGAGGUUGCGGUGCCGUGCUCUUUAUCAUGCUCUCCGUUUUUCUCCUCCAAUAGAGAACUUGGGAAAGAAGCUGGUGGAGCGGCUGAGGUUACAUGGGCAAUACAUUGCUCUUCAUCUGCGAUUUGAGAAGGAUAUGCUAUCAUUUACUGGUUGUACCUAUGGUUUGUCUGAAACAGAGGCUGAAGAGCUGAGAAUAAUGAGGGAGAAUACGAACCACUGGAAGACGAAGAAGAUAAACUCAACAGAACAGCGGAUUGGAGGUUAUUGCCCGCUUACUCCAAAGGAGGUGGGGAUCUUUCUGCAAGCUCUAGGCUACCCUCCAUCCACUUGGAUUUACAUUGCAGCUGGUGAAAUAUAUGGUGGUGAUUUUCACCUCUCAGAGCUCAGAUCUCGCUUUCCAAAUUUAGUUUUCAAGGAGAUGGUGGCAACUCCAGAGGAAUUGAGAAUGUUUGCCAAUCAUGCAUCUCAGACAGCAGCAAUAGAUUACAUUAUGUCUGUAGAAAGCGAUGUGUUUGUUCCGUCAUAUUCAGGUAACAUGGCAAGAGCUGUUGAGGGGCAUCGCAGAUUCUUAGGGCAUCGCAAGACCAUCACUCCAGAUAGGAAAGGUUUGGUAGGAGUCUUUGAUAAGAUGGAAAGAGGAGAGCUGGAAGAAGGCUCAUCAUUAUCAUCAAUUGUAACUCAGAUGCAUAAACACAGGCAAGGAGGUCCCAGGAAAAGGGGAGGUUCCUUUCCUGGGAUUAAAGGCCGGGCUCGGUUUAGAACUGAGGAAUCUUUCUAUGAAAACCCAUUUCCAGAAUGCAUCUGCAGUACUAAAACACAUGUUUAGAUUGGAUAGAGCCUGGUUCAUCCCCUCCUUACUCCUAGUGAAGUCGGCAAGUUUCCCCAUUUUUUUACAGCGAGUCUUAUGAUCAAUGAGUGGAUGGUUGGUGCUACUGUAUGCGAAUUGUGGAUAUAUUCUUUUAGAUGUGCAAUCCACAUUGACAUAAGAAUCACUUCCAUCUAUUCUCAAGAAAUGAGGAAAACAAACUGAUAUAUUCGUUAAUAAAAUAAUCUAUUUUCCCUCUGAAUAAUUUAGUUGAUAAGUGCAUAAUGCCUGUUUUCUGCUUUGUUCCAACUUGUGGCCUUAUCAGGAGAAUCUACGGAUCUUACAGAGGUUUGGUUUAUUGCUUGCCUCGCCUCGCCUCGCCUCCCCUCCAUGCUUUUGGGUGCCUUGACUUAUUUUCCUACCAUGCUUUCUAAGUUCAAUGCCUGGUCAAAUAAAGUGUAUUCAAAGAAAUUUUGGGAAAAUCGUCACUGUAGGUUUCUUAUCCUAAGUGUCCAUAGAUUUUCUGGAUAUAGUAAUUCCUCUUAGCUGGAGCAUCAUCUUCCUUCCAUUCUUUCUUUCGUUCUUCUGUAACUAAAAAAAUGUUAUUGGUAUGGGCAUCAGUUUUAAGCAGAGAAAUGCUUUGGUUUGAGCUUCA